AUGAGUACGAUCAAACCAAGAAGAAACUUCCGAAGAACUCAAGGUGGUUCUAAUACUACUACCACCGACAACAAGAAGAAACAACAUUCUCAUAGGCAUGAAGAAAUCAAUGACGAUGAUGAAAAUGUGUGUGUUAUUUGUGCAAAUCCUAUAAAAUUCGCAGCUUGGAGUCCCUGUAAUCAUAAGACGUGUCAUAAAUGCUCCUUUAGACAACUCGCAUUAUUUGACAAAAAAUCAUGUCUCAUUUGUAGAACUGAUUUCGAUAACAAUUCAAUGAUUUUUACGGAAAAGCUAAAUAGUCAAGCUUAUGAAGAUUUUAAUUCAAAUAUGUGGCAAACUGACUUAAUUAACACCAAAUAUGGUAUCAAGUUCACUUCUGAUGAUGUUGCAAAGGAAACCUUAAAUUUGUCGAAAUUUAUCUGUUCAGUUUGUAUAAUCGAGGAUAAGGAAAAUGUAAUGAAUGCCACAGAUUACAAAUCAUUUAAGAAAUUAAAUGAGCAUUUAAAGUUGGAGCAUAACAAUAAAACGAUAUGUAUGAUCUGUGCCGAUCAUCAUUUUUCAUUCCCAUCCGAACUAAAGAUCUACACUACCAAUCAAUUGAAGAACCACAAUAACAAAGGAUCUGAAACUGAUGGGUUUAAAGGUCACCCUAUGUGUAAAUUCUGUUCUAAUAAACGAUUUUAUUCACAGGAUGAAUUAAUGUCUCAUAUGAGAGAAAAGCAUGAAAGAUGCCACAUUUGUGAUAAGAUUGAUCAUAAUAAUCCGCAAUUCUUUAAAAAUUACGAUCAAUUGUUUCAUCAUUUUAAAAAUUCACAUUACAUUUGCACUUUUCAAACCUGUCUUGAUGAUAAAUUUAUUGUCUUCAAGGAUGAUAUGGAAUUACAGGCUCAUAUAUUACAAGAGCAUGGUGAUUUAAUAAGAGGGAAGCCCAAAUUUUUCCAAUCUGAACUAUCAACAUUUAUUUCAACCCCAUCAAGAGUCAUCACUGAUGAUAACGCGUUUACUUCUCAACAUUCGUUCUCAGACUCUUCACUACCUUCACUAAAUUCUGUUAAUUCUACAAAUGCGAAUAACUCCUCACAAGAAGUUAAACAAUUAAGGCUAGAUGAAAGAGCUAAACAUUAUCUUGACAAUUCUCACGAAGACUUUCAGACUUUUAUCAAUUUAAAUAAACAGUAUGCCGCAAACAAAUUAACUGCAGCACAGUUAUUAAAUUCCUACAAGAACCUUUUCCAAACACCUCAAUCGGAUGUUCAUUUACUAAUUCAUAACCUUUCUGAAUUGUAUCCAAUGAACUCACUCAAAUAUAAAGAAUUAGAUAGUAUUUACAGAGCACAAGAGAAAAAGUUGUCAAAGAAACCACAACUACCGUCUUUAUAUAACGAUCCAUCAUCAUCCAGCUCUAUGGUUAAUGCUGUAUGGGGAAACAGCAAUAAUAAUCGAAAUGUUUCCUCUUUGCGAACAAAUACAAAUAGACCAUUAAACUUACCAUCCUUAACAUCCACUCCAUCUAAUUUAAAUGGGACAAGGCCAUUACAUGUAAGCCACUCUACCUCAUCUUUGACAUCUAAAUCAAGAAAUGAUAACGCAUCAAGUAAUAGUAGAAUUUCAAAUUUGCCCUCGUUACCUACACCAAAACCAAAGGUGUACAUUCCGCCUGUAAGACAGACGGUUAUUCCGGAUCCUAAUAGUUGGGGAAGAAGGGGCCCACAGCAAACAAAUGGUGAUGUUUUGGAAGGAAUUUCUAACUUGAACAUGAAUGGUAAUUCGAGCUCACAAACGACGAGAGGUAGCGGGAAACGUAAACAAAAGCAACUAUUAUUUCAUAUCGGGAUAUAG